AUGAUUGUGCGGACUAGCAACUACCCAUAUUCACCACGCAGUGAAAGCGAUUUAGCGUCUACCAAUACAUCACCAGAGAUCAAGACGUUACAUAUCACUAUGGCGGACGAGGAAAACGUCCCACCAAAUCUGAUCAACACCAAAUUCAACCGGGUACAAGGCGCUGUAAGGCGGGCACGAUCUCCUCCUCGCAACGAACACAACCAAAUGUACUGCGACCAUGUUAAUUGCGACGGCAAGAACCAGACUUUCAAAAGAGUCUGCGAGUGGAAUAAGCAUAUGGAUCGACACGAACGUCCUUACAAGUGCCGCGAGGCUGGUUGUGAGCUGAACCCCGGGUUUACUUACUCAGGUGGGCUCCUCAGGCACCAGCGUGAAGUGCACAAGAUGCACUUGUCAACGAAAAUGCCGCUUUUCUGCCCCUUUGAAAACUGCAAUCGAAGUUCAGGCACUGGAUUUACCAGGAAGGAGAACCUUGAGGAACACAAGCGACGUCGCCACCUGGAGGAGAUGUCGGAUCAUGCGGCCUCAUCGAAUCGAGGUUCUUCUCAGCCCCCUGCUCCCACUCAAGCUUCAACGCACAGCCACCAACAGCACCAACGGCAGGCAACACAGGAGCCAGUGUACAAACGCAGACGGAUAGCGGCGGAGACAGACACAAACGACACUCUCCAGCAGUAUCGACUGGAGCCUAACAACACCAUUCCACUCUCAUCCUCGACGCUGGUGGCGACAACAGUCUCAAUGGACGACCGGCCCCGCAGUCCCGGCGGCAACCUCGUGACUGUGCUAUCCCACCAAGAGGAACUGGUGCGGCACCUUCAAGCGGAGCUCCGACGUAAAGACGAAGUGAUUGUGCAGCAUGUCACAGAAUUGCAUAGGCUCCAGAGUAUCUUACGCAAUUUGCCACCACAGACAGUCUACAGCGUCGGCGUCAUGCAUUCGAGACAGCGUGGCGGAGGUGUUGGUUGA